AAUCACUCAUACAGAAACACGCCCGCAUUGGACUCCGUAAAGAGAAAAUUUUCUUUCAUGAUGACUUAUUACACCGAUUGAUUAUGGAAAUUUCGAACUCCUUGUCUCCAUUCACUUUUCAUCACAUGGGACUUUUACAGGGUUUUCCUCGUCGCCAGCAUCCCAGCCUUUAUUUCCCAAUCUUCGUCCCACCCAUGAUAUUCGGAUAGAUUCGAGACCUUUAGGACUACAGGGAUAUAACGUUAGGCAAGCAUCAAGAUGGCGCUGGUGGUGGUGUCGGAGGACAUCAGCAAGAUGAUGACCCCUGUCAGCCUGAGCCGGAAGGACUCCGCGUCGUGUCUGGACGACUGGGUCGGUCGGGAACUCGUGCACGCACCCAAGACGUCACCGUCAGCGUCGAGUGCUGUCACCAGGGUCGACGCCAUCGCGACCAGAGCACCCGUCGAUGUCACUGACGUAUCUGGCAAGCGGGUGAAAAUUCUGCAAACUGAGUCACUCAUCCUGUUGUUCGUGGUUUUCACCACGUUCGUGGCUCUCGGAGGUUCUUUGUCCAUUGUUGGCCCUACAUUGACGGACCUGGGAUAUCUCCUGGGACGUCAAACAAAGGAUCUUUAUGUGCUGUUCGUCGCCAAUUCUAUCGGCUACGUAGUUGGCACAUUAAUUAGUUUGAUAUCCUACAGAGUUUUGCCAAAGUUGAUUUGCAUGUUCGUCGCGUCCAUCGGGCUGGGAGCCUCGCUGAUCUCCAUCGCAUUUUGGCGAGACUUGCUCCUC